GAAAGAAGGUGAAGAGCAGGAAGAAGCCAAAAAAACCUGAAGACAGAAAGAUAUAAGUAAACGGAGGUGAAAUCAGACACCACAGAGCUUAGCAGGACCACAGGAACUUAGCAGUUCUGAAUUAUUUGUUGCAUUUGAAUUCUUGACUUUCCAGGAAUUCUAACAGGUCCUUGAAGAUGGAGAGCCUACGAACAGUCGUCUAUCUGUCCAUCUUCUUGUCAGUGAUGACAUCCGCUUGCCAGGGUGAAAGGUCUGCUGAGAAUCAGCUGCCUUCUGCCCCGGACGAGCCGACCUUUGGGCUUGAACUGGCUGAAGCUCUGCAGGGUCUCCUGGAUGAAGCUGACAGCAGAGUUGGUCUCUCUGUGGAGAAGAAGGCCAGCGUCAUCCCAAGGUGUGACGUGGGCGAGCGCUGUGCUAUGAAGCACGGACCUCGGAUCGGUCGGCUCUGUGACUGUCUGAGAGGAACGGCCUGCAACACCUUCUUCCUGCGCUGCUACUGAACAUUUAAACUUACUUACUUCUAUCCUUGUGAGGAGGUAAAAUCUACCUGUUAAAUUAUAAUCAGGUCUGUAGCGUUCAAACAGACCUAAUUAACUGUCCUCACAAAGAUAAAAGUGCGCACUGACACACACUCCCAGAUUUCUCUGUGUGUUUGCUCUUUGUUUUAAGGUUUCUGUGUCUGUAAUUCAGAUGGAUUUAUUUUUGUUAAUAAAGAUUCUUUACAAUG